CGCGACUGUCGCGAGCUGCUUGAGUACGCGUGUUCGACCGCACCUACGCGUACGUGGCUGAUAUCUGGACUGAUCGAGUGACAGAAAGACAAGUCCACGUGUAUUCAUGAUAGUCUUAUGAUGACGCAUGGUACUCGUGAUCGGUAAACCGAUUGGCAAGAUCGAUAAGCACCGCGGCUCGGUCGGCUUGGUCGUGCCGGUGAAAACACCGCGCCGACGCGACGGCUUGCAUAAAUUGGAGCUUGGAGCAACGUCAACGUAUACAUACACACGUGCGUCUGUGCGCGCGGCGCGACCGCUACCGCUGACAGCUCGUUGCUGCUUUCACACGUGCACACAUCCGCACGCGCGCGCUCGCGAGACAGCCGUUCGUACGUCAUAAGAACUGUGAGCACGCUGUCGAAGGGCUCAGACUGUGUUUCGGAGCAACGCGUAUCGCACGUAUAUCGCGAAUAUAUCUACUAGCGAGAGUAACGUUCCGCAUCUACUUCUCUAUCAAUUUUUCACCGUCUGCCUCUCCGUCUCUGUCUUUUCAUUUGCCUUCUGCUUUACAUACGUGUCUCUACAUACGUGGCGGUCGAACAACCUUGAUAACAUGUGCGGAAUUUUCGCUUAUCUAAACUACUUGACACCGAAGAGCAGGAAAGAAAUCUUGGAAUUGUUGGUUGUUGGUCUAAAGAGAUUAGAAUAUCGCGGAUAUGAUUCUGCAGGCGUCGCCCUCGACAGUGCAGAUGGCAAGGACAUCUCGAUUAUUAAGAAGCAAGGAAAGGUCAAGGCUCUCGAGGAGGAGAUAUUUUGUCGUACCAAUCUUGACUUUGAGUCGGAAACUCAAUACCACGUCGGCAUCGCUCACACACGAUGGGCGACCCAUGGUGUUCCAUCGGAGGUAAAUGCCCAUCCUCAGCGUUCUGACAGUGAGCACGCCUUCGUUGUUGUUCAUAACGGUAUCGUGACGAAUUACAAGGAAGUCAAAACUCUGCUGCAACAGAGAGGAUACGUGUUUGAAAGCGAUACCGACACCGAAAUUAUCGCCAAAUUGAUCCACCAUCUCUGGGUACAGCAUCCUGCGUAUUCGUUCCGUGAACUUGUCGAGCAGGUUGUUCAGCAAUUGGAAGGAGCCUUCGCGUUAUGUUUCAAAAGCAAGUAUUUCCCGGGCGAGUGCGUAGCUACGAGGCGAGGAUCACCGCUUCUCGUGGGUAUCAAGACGAAAACGAGAUUGGCUACUGAUCAUGUACCUAUUCUUUAUGGAAAAGACGAUCUUCAAUGCGCAAUAAACAAAGAAGGUGAAGCACCGUCUCAAGAUCAUCGUCCGCAUGGCAGAAAUCCAGAACUUCCGGUCAUGCCGCGUAGCGAGAGCACAUCUGAGUUUCAACCUCUCGAGGAUAAAGAGGUUGAAUAUUUCUUCGCUUCCGAUGCGAGUGCCAUAAUCGAGCAUACGAAUCGCGUGAUAUUCUUAGAGGAUGACGACGUGGCGGCUGUUAAAGAAGGCGCGCUGAGUAUUCAUCGUCUUCGUCGUUGCAUGGACGAUCCUCACGCUCGCGAGAUCACGACACUGAAGAUGGAGAUUCAACAAAUCAUGAAGGGCAAUUACGACUACUUCAUGCAGAAGGAGAUUUUUGAACAACCGGAAUCGGUGGUGAACACUAUGAGGGGUCGUUUGAAUUUUCAAGAUAACUCAGUCACUUUAGGCGGAAUUAAAGAUUACAUUCCAGAGAUCAAAAGAUGCAGACGUCUUAUGCUAAUCGGUUGCGGUACGAGCUACCAUUCUGCCAUAGCUACGCGACAGCUUCUCGAGGAACUGACAGAAUUGCCUGUGAUGGUUGAGCUCGCAUCCGAUUUUUUGGACCGCAACACGCCAGUCUUUAGAGACGACGUCUGCUUCUUUAUUUCUCAAUCGGGUGAGACGGCUGAUACGUUAAUGGCACUACGUUAUUGUAAAAGUCGUGGAGCUCUUAUUGUUGGUAUAACUAACACAGUCGGAAGUAGUAUCUGUCGUGAAUCUCAUUGUGGGGUGCAUAUCAAUGCUGGUCCCGAGAUCGGUGUAGCAAGUACUAAAGCUUACACCUCGCAAUUCAUCUCUCUCGUCAUGUUUGCACUAGUAAUGAGUGAGGACAGAAUCUCUCUUCGCGCGAGACGUUUACAAAUUAUCGAAGGAUUGAAAAAUCUCGGAAAUCUUAUUCGUGAAGUAUUGAAACUCGAUGAGAAAGUUAAAGAGUUAGCCAAGUCUUUAUUCCAACACAAAUCCCUGUUGAUUAUGGGUCGCGGAUAUAAUUUUGCUACGUGCAUGGAAGGUGCACUCAAAGUAAAAGAAUUGACAUAUAUGCAUAGCGAAGGAAUUAUGGCCGGUGAAUUGAAACAUGGUCCGUUAGCCCUCGUUGACGAUUCCAUGCCGGUAAUUAUGAUCGUAAUGAGAGAUCCAGUGUACGUGAAAUGUAUGAAUGCACUUCAGCAAGUUACCGCACGGGACGGCAAGCCCAUUGUUAUCUGCGAGGAAGAGGAUGAAGAAACGAAGGCUUUUGCCGACAGGGCUCUCGAGGUACCUAAAACCGUCGAUUGCCUGCAAGGAAUUUUAACUGUUAUUCCAAUGCAGUUAUUAUCUUUCCAUAUCGCAGUUUUGCGUGGUUGCAACGUCGAUUGUCCGAGAAAUUUGGCGAAAUCAGUUACGGUUGAGUAAAGAUUGAACGGAUUGUCUUAUGAUUUUUUUUUUUUUAAGGACCACAAGUUCGCUAACGUGGUUGUUACAAAAUUUUUUCAAGCUAUACGAGAACAAGAAUCAGAGAUAGAAAAUAAAUUAUUAUUAACCAGGCAAUUAAUAAUAUCGCGCAAAUAAGAAUUGAGAUUAAAACAAACAGUGUCAGAAGAGAGUACGUUUCUAUCUUUUAAAUCUUAUUAAAUUCGUUUAUCUCUGUUUAACUAUUGUUUAUUCGUAAUUUAAAUAUAUGUGAUAACGCCUGAUAAUUCAUUUUAUCAAAUUCGAACAAAGAGAAUUUUAGUAAAAAAAAAAGUAAUCACCGGUGCUCGUACGUUGUUUUUUUUUAAUUAAUGGCUAAUUGAUCUAACAAAAAGAUUUGCCCGUGCAUGCUUUCGUAACAAGUAUCAUAUUGCACAAUUAUAUUGAUUAGUGCAAACGUUUCUUUUUUACGAAGAGUAACAUAUAAGACAAAAUCUCCAAUAUAUAUAUGAUUUUAGUGCAUUUAAUAUUCUUAUUUUAACUCACGUAACAUACAGUCUAGUUUUUAAAUAUAAUUACCGAUUAAUCAAAAUGCUUUUGAUUUGAUGAAAUACAGCGUGAUUUCUUCGUCGAUCGAAUUAGAAAAUUAAGAUCACGAUAGAAAUUUUUGAUAGCGAUUAUGAUGGAUAAUACAUGCGACAUAAGAAUCGUGCAUAAAUAUGUGUAUAUGUAUGCACUAUAAAUACCCAAAUAUAUGUCCAAACGACAUUUUUUUCGUACGGGAUAACUUUUUCAUCUUUACAUAAUAACCUAAACAUUCAAGACGAUACGGGGAUUGUUAUAUGUUAUUUGAUAUUUGGACGGCAAUCAUACGCGAUUGUAUCAUACAUACGCAAAUAUACAAUAGCAGAUUUUUAGAACAUGUAUUUUUUUGAUAAAUUUAUGUUAUAACACUUUGUAAACUUAUUCAAAAAAUAUAUAAUUACGAUUUGAUUUAUAUUCAUACAAUAUUUAUACAAUAAAUUUUUUCUCUGCAGCAUUUCUUUAAAUCA